GGGCCAUCUGAAACAAGCAUACAUAAUGGUGUUAGAAAAACGCAUCAAAUUCAUAUAUGACAUGACACCAUGCAACCAAAAAACAAAAUACGGUAAAAAGAGUCGUCCGUCGAGUGAUGAUACGCGGGUGUAAGGAUGCAUAUUCGAGGAUUGUGGAUUUGACUAAAAGUAUAGAGUUAAAGAUUAGAGAAGGCAUCUUUGUUAAGACAGAUUCCACUGGCCCAUAUCCUUUUUUCUCAAAACUCUUACAGCCUCUUGUCUGGUCUAUAUAUGGAAUUUGACAUGAACUCGCCCCAGUUAUAUACCCCCCCCACACAACUCACCAAUCUUAGGACCAUUUUCAUUUUCUCAACUGCAUCAUGUUCACCACUUCAAUUAUGGACUCCCUCAUCUUCUUCCUUUCUCCACCGAACAUGAAAUUCUUGUGAUCAUUUCACCACCCAUCGAUAGUUCAACACCAUGACCACCUUGCCACCACCCUACAGAAUGUCGGUUUCCAACAAUAACGUCUUAAGAUGCUUAUGCAUCGACGACCGUCACGUGGGAAAAGCUACACACAGUGGUUUCUUCUCCAGUGAUCUACUUCCGUCUCUAGGAGCCAAUUCUAACCGUGUGGUUGCACCGAGGAAAUACAUAAUCUGCCCUUUUGAUAGACGAUAUAGGGCAUGGCAGAUGUUCCUGGUUAUUUUCGUAAUUUACUCAGCAUGGAUUUCGCCGUUUGACUUUGCGUUUCUUGAUAAUAAAGAAGGUGGCUUGAGAAUCUUUGACAACAUUGUCAAUGGCUUCUUUGCCAUUGACAUCGUUCUUACUUUCUUCGUGGCAUAUCUAGAGCCGCAAUCCUAUGCUCUUAUUGAUGACCACAAGAAAAUCGCAGUGAGGUACCUGUCAACAUGGUUUAUAUUUGACGUGAGCUCAACUGUGCCGUUUAGAUCUCUCAGCCUCCUCUGCAAAGAUAAGAAAAGUGAGAUCGGAUUCCAGAUACUAAGUAUGCUUAGAUUAUGGCGCUUAAGAAGAGUUAGCGCGCUAUUUGCAAGGCUUGAGAAGGACAUCAGGUUCAACUAUUUCUGGAUCCGUUGUACAAAGCUUAUAUCGGUGACUCUGUUUGCGGUACACUGUGCCGGAUGCUUUAACUACUUGAUAGCAGAUAGAUAUCCCGACCCAAGUAAAACUUGGAUAGGUGCGGUUUAUCCAAAUUUCAAAACCGAAAGCAUCUGGAAUAGAUACGUAACAUCACUGUAUUGGUCGAUUGUGACUCUAACAACUACUGGUUACGGAGACUUUCACGCUGAGAAUGCAAGAGAAAUGGUGUUCGAUAUCGGCUAUAUGCUAUUCAACUUGGGAUUAACAUCGUACCUUAUCGGGAACAUGACAAAUCUUGUCGUUCAUUGGACAGGAAAUACCAGAGAUUUUAGAGAUAAAGUCGCAGCUGCUUCAGAAUUUGCGAAACGGAAUCAGCUUCCACCGCAGAUAAAAGAUCAAAUAUUGUCACACAUCUGUCUGGAUUACAAAACCCAGGGGUUAAAACAUCAAGAUACGUUAAACUGUCUGCCAAAAGCCAUCCGUGCGAGCAUUUCACGCCAUCUUUUUUACCCGAUUGUGCAAAACGUCCAUUUGUUUCGCGGCGUUUCCCACGAGUGCCUUUUCCAGCUGGUUUCUGAAAUGGAAGCGGAGUAUUUUCCACCGAAGGAGGUUGUGAUUCUACAAAACGAGAUUCCGACAAAUCUGUACAUAAUCGUUACCGGAGCAGUGGAUAUAAUUUCACAAAAAGACGGGCAGGAUCAGAUCAUAGGAAAGGUUGUGUCAGGAGAAAUGUUUGGAGAAACGGGAGUUUUAUACAAUACGCCUCAACCGUUCACAUUCCGAACAAGGGAGAUUUCUCAGAUACUGAGGAUGGAUGGUUCGGCACUGCUUCGGAUAAUUCACACAAAUACACAAGAUGGAUUUGUUAUCAUGAAUAACUUUUACAUGAAGCUGAAAGGCCUGGAAAGUUUUGGACAUGGAGGGUUGACGAUGGAGAAUUCGUCUACUGACGUACACAACUAUCGGAAUGAACAUCAGGUUACAUGGGAACUGAGUGAUAUCGAUUAUAUGACUUCAGGAGAUAUAGAGAAGCAAGAACAGAUAAACAAUUCUAAAUCAAACAAGAGUGAAACGAACGUUGAUUUACCAGCAGAGGAAGGACAAACUGCUCUUCAUGUUGCCGUAAAGAACGGCCAUUUAGAAAUGGUACGGCUUCUUCUAGAAGGAGGAGCAAACGUAAACAAGCCAGAUCUAAAAGGGUGCACACCGAUAUCUCUAGCUAAACAGCAAGGAAACAAAAGCAUACAUGACCUUUUGUUAAGUCAUGAAAAUAGGAAAAACGAGCAUAGAAUAGAUUUCACCGACCCCGAAACCACAAACAGUAAGAAAAAUCAGUAUUUACCAACAGCAAACAAGGACCCUUGUUGUUCCACUUCAUUCACGGAGCCUGCUUCCGUUAGUUCAAGCAGUGCCAGCUGUCAUCCAGAUAACGAAGUUAAGAAACGGAUGAAAAGGGUCACCAUUCAUGCGAAGUUCACGAACAAGUCGGAAAAGCAGCUUCCAAAGUUUAUAGUCCUACCAGAUUCAUUAGAACAAUUACUGAGCAUUGCAGGUGAAAAGUUUGGAGGUCAACGUUUUGCACGAGUUGUGAGCUCGGAGAGUGCAGAAGUAGAUGAUUUGAGCGUUAUCAGAGACGGGGACCACUUGUUUUUCCUUCCAAAUGAUUGUGAAACCUAAGGAGUAUGAUAAGCAAUAUAAUAGAAAUUAAGAGAAUUUAGAGCGUGUGGCUUCAACAAGUUGCUAUUUGAUCAAAAAAAUCUAACAAAGUUGGAUACAUUGAUAAAACUGAUUGCCUCUUAACAUUA